AUGAUUUCAAGGCGUGGUAUCUCCUCCUGGAGCAUCCCACAGCUGCCCACCACUUGCAACUUCGCCUCCUUUUCACGGCCUCGGAUCGACCAGUUCCGGCAUACUACUACUGUUGAUGCUGAGCCUCUUCAUCGUUACCGAAAAGGUGGCGACCAUCCUAUCGCGUUGGGAAGUUUUCUGAGGGACAAGAGAUACAAGAUUUUGCCCAAAUUAGACGGGGGAGGCUAUUCGACGGCUUAUGGGGCUGUUAAGAUCUGUAUUUCUGCACGGGAGAAUAGUGAAGCAAAUCGAGAACUCCAUGUCAUAAAGAGAUUGGCAUCUAUUCACCCUUGCCCUCAGCACGUCGUGCGCCUGCUUGAUGACUUUGAUUUAUCAGGCCCAAAUGGAACACAUCAAUGCCUUGUAUUCGAGCUCCUAGGGCCUAGCUUCCUGGCAAGGCCGCCAAAACCAUUUGCAAAACAGGCUCUUGGUGGACUAGACACUCUGCACCAACAUAAUAUUGGACAUGGAGACAUCCAUCCGCGCAAUUUAGCGCUUACUGUACCUUGUAUGAACAAUAUGCCUGAGGAGCAAUUUAUGGAGAUGCUAGGGAAGCCAGAAAUCGGGGCAUCUCUAGAACCUGGUGUACCGAACUAUAUUGUCCGGCCUGCCUCGUACUGCUCCCUCCCUUGGCCGUCGUCAAUGUCAAUCAAGCUUACAACUAUUCGGCAAACUCUUCACACCCCACUACCAGUUCGGGCGCCUGAAGUUAUAUUUGAAGAACCCCUGGACUAUCGUGUAGAUUUAUGGAGUAUGGGCUUCUUUUUGAGCUUUUUCGUCGGCCAGCCGCCCUUUGACAGCUUCAUGCUAAUCAAACGCAAGAGAUGGCAAGACUCGUGCAGGACAGCGGAUGAUGAAUCUGCCGCAGAAAUCCCAGGACCUGCAUUGCAAGAGUGGUUAGAAGACAUGUAUUUUGAUGGUGCGCGAAACGAAGACUUGACCAAGGAUGAUAUAGUUAGCCGUCCACCAGGGAGUCAGCGAGGGAAAUUCUGA